GUCAUUCCAUGGUUUUCAGAUCCCCUUUAGAGCUUUAUCCCUCCCAUUUCUUCCUGCCAAACAUCACUGAGCGCCCUGUGCUCUUGGCGAGCAGCAAUCCCACCAGGUCUCCAGAAGACUUGUCAAUGUUUGCGCUACCGACCCUCAACUUCUCUCCGGAGCAAGUGGCGAGCGUCUGUGAGACGCUGGAGGAAACCGGAGACAUUGAACGGCUGGGACGAUUCCUGUGGUCCCUGCCGGUGGCACCGGGAGCAUGCGAGCAGAUCAACAAGCAUGAGUCCAUCCUGCGAGCUCGCGCAGUGGUUGCUUUCCACACCGGGAACUUCCGAGACCUUUAUCACAUCUUGGAGAACCACAAGUUUACCAAGGACUCCCAUGGCAAACUGCAGGCCAUGUGGCUGGAGGCACACUACCAGGAGGCCGAGAAGCUGCGCGGUCGCCCAUUAGGACCGGUUGACAAGUACAGGGUACGGAAGAAGUUCCCCCUGCCCAGGACCAUCUGGGACGGGGAGCAGAAGACGCACUGUUUCAAAGAGAGGACGCGCGGUCUGUUAAGGGAGUGGUACCUUCAGGACCCAUAUCCAAACCCUAGCAAGAAAAGGGAACUGGCUCAAGCCACUGGACUCACUCCUACACAAGUCGGAAAUUGGUUUAAAAACCGGAGGCAACGAGACAGAGCCGCGGCAGCAAAAAACAGGUCAGUGCGCUGUUCAUUUGUCAAAGCAUAGGCUAACAGGACCAAAUAGGCUAAACUAAUUCCUGUAAGCUGAAUGCAAAUAUACCAUGUAAAUGUAAAACUUAAUCGUAGUAAUUAACAAGGUUAUAGAGGGGUUAGAAAUGAGCAACUCAUUUACCUAUGCAAUCAGGGGCUACACAAAAUAGUUAUUUGCGGUUCUAUAUAUAACCUUUUUUUCAAAGCGUGUACAGAAACAUCUAACUAUUAUUGCUGUCCAAAAUAAUCCAAAAUAUAUUAAUAUGUGUCAAAGAUUUUCGUGCGUAAAACAUUCUUAUACGUAAAACACACAACUCUCUCCAAAUUCGAAAACGUGUAGGCUAGGCUACGCUGGUAUGCUAGUAUCCCUGAUAAGCUAAAUGAAAACAUCAAUGUAUGCGUUAGAUAACAAAACAGGAAGUACACACAAAGAAAAUCAGCAGCACUGCAAAUCUUGAAGUUGUCCUAUUUUCCAGACAAAACAGCAAAUACUGAUUGAUAAGGAUGUCUGUUAAACUUGGAAUACAGCAUGUUGUGGUGAUACUACGUUUUUACUUGAUUCUCAUCUUGAAACCCAACAGAGUGUUGUUAUCUUCUCUCAACAAGUGAACGUUUUGGUCUGAAAACUUGACAUACACUGCAGGGGUGAUAUAGAUUUUGUUCACAAACAGUAAACAAAACAAAACACCUACGAUCAAAUAGGUUAUUGGUUAGUUGUUUAAUCAAAAUAAUAGACGAUACAUGUAGCAGCUGUAAAAGGCCCGUGUAGACUAAGAAACCACACACAAAAAAGAUUACAUUCACAUUUUAGCAGACGCUCUUAUCCAGAGCGACACAGUUUUUCAGUGAGUGCAUACAUUUUCAUACUGGCCCCACGUGGGAAUCGAACCCACAACCCUGGCGUUGCAAACGCCAUGCUCUACCAACUGAGCUACACGGGACAGGUUUAGAGUUUCAAAAUGAAUGUAUGUUCAGUUACCAUUAUUAUUAUUUUUUAUUCGUGGUGCUUUUUACACAUACGAAACGUAUACAUUAGACUUUAGACGUUUGGAAAUGAUUGAUGCAUAACAUUUGAUAUUAGCUGUCAACAUAAAUACAAAAUAUUUAUUCUGAAAUUAUAGCCUGUUUUGCAGCCAUGUUUUCGAUUCACAAUGUGUGUAGACUAUUAUACAUUUGCAAUGCAAUAAUUAAUGACAAAUUGGUGAACUGAAUAAAAACAGAAAAGUUGGUGAAAAAAUUGAAUAGAAGAACACAGCUACAUUUUUUCAUCUGCAUUUUCUCAGUGAUAAAAUCGGAGGCCUACAUCAUGGAUUGAUUCAUUUAGCAUGAUUGCAAUUAUUCCACAUUUGACGUGUCAGUAAAUCAAAACAAUCAGAAAAAUGGAGUCUCUCAUUCAUUUGGAUGUAGGCCUGUAGUCUGUCAUUCAUUUGGAUGUAGGAUAUGACAAAAUCAACGAUAAAAGACAGUUCUCAAAUUACAUUGGCCAUGGUUUAAGAAUAACUAACAACCAGCCUAUUACUCUAAUAUACACUGUCAUAUUUCCCCAUAUUUCAUAUUUAUUUUCUGCUUUGUUUUAGACUAUUCUUACCCCCGUUAGGCCUAUAUGAAGGCUAGAGAGCUGCAUUUGUUAAAGGCAUGGCAGGGAGUGAAUGACAAGCAGGCUGAGCGGAAUUUUGCAGAGGGACACUGUAUUUAAUUGGUAUGUUAUUUUCCCUUUCUUUAUAUUCUCCAGACUUCAGCACCAGGGAAUAGGACAGAACGGUAUGCGGUCCCUUUCAGAAUCCGGGUGCACUCCACGCAGCUUGGCGGAAUCGCCGUCUACCGCGGCCAGUCCUACUACCAGCAUCUCCAGUAUGACAGAGCGAGUUGACACUGGAACGUCCAUUCUUUCAGUAACCUCCAGUGACUCCGAGUGCGACGUA